GGUGAGUCAAAAAUAUAGAACAGCAGGCGGGUGAGCCGUCAUUGCUUGCAACGAGAAUAUUUAAAUUGUCCAUUUUUUUACAAAUUUUUUCUGCAGUAAAUUAAAGAGUAAGAAAACUAAAUGAUUGAGGUUACUGCUCGCUUAAGUCAGGGGGUUUACCUCGCUGGGGAGACCGUAGAGGUAGGAAUUACCGUGAGAAACCCAUCCCCUCCACCAGACGCCAAAAGUCAAUGGAAUGACUUGGAGGAGGUUUUGGCCUGGGCAAGUGCUCAGGUCCAUUGCCAGUGCUGGGUGUCACCGUCCAAAGUCCAGGUCCCUGUGCAGCACACGGGAGCUCUCAGCGCAGAGACGGCCGUCACCAACAGCCUGACCUCAUUCGCCCCGUGUCGUGUCACGGAUUAUGCCACACCUGGACCUUCUGGGGGCAGUGGGGGCGGAUCCUCUCAUCAGGGUCAGUUGACGAGCAGCAAUGGGUCGUCGGCUGUUAGCGGGGGUGGUGGCAGGGUCGUUCUCGCCACGAAACCUGUCAUCCUCUUCUGCGAUUUGAGACUUCUUCCUGGUGAAAGCAAGACGUAUUGGUAUCGUGAAGUCCUACCAGUGGAUGGUCCCCCAUCGUUUCGGGGUCAGACGGUCAAGUAUGCCUAUAAACUGACUGUGGGUACUCAGAGAGUUAAUGCUCCAAUUAAGCUGCUGAGAGUUCCAAUACGAGUUCUAGUUUUGCAAGAAUUUACGGAUUCUUCCAUUUUAAACGGAAGUGAAGAUAUCACCCAGCCAGCCAAUCCGUUUUUAUCAGAUCAAGAAAAGGAAACCCCAUUGGAUUCUGCAUUACAAGUUUUACAAGUCGUCACUUCACAAAAGAACCAAAAGUUUUACAACGUGACAAAUGCUCGUGGGCAUGUCGUAAAGUUUUGUGCAUUCAAACAUGCCUAUAAACUUGGCGAAGAUAUUGUCGGAUCAUUAGACUUUUCUGGAUGCAAUGUUCCUUGCCUCCAGUUUGCUGUGACUCUACAAAGUGUGGAAGAAAUUACUCCAGAGUGUAGAAAAAUUGAGGGGCAAAAACCUGCCGUUAGUGCUUUCUCUAAAUUUCAUGAAAUGUGUGUCGGGUAUCAACAAUCGCAUUUUGUUUUACCACUUCCCUUACAUAUUACUCCUAGCUUUUACACCGACCUUGUCACAUUAAAGUGGCGAUUGCACUUUGAGUUCGUUACAAGCAUUGAAGAUGAAAUGCUGAUGAAACCUGUUGAAAAACCAAAGAAAGGGGAUCUGGAUGGACAAGUUUGGCAAGGUCCAACGAAUGUAAAAAUCGAAACGAUGGUAUGGGAUCUUCCGAUUAAAAUUUAUGCAAAUCUUCCUACUUAUAUUUCUCAAGGCUUGCAAACCCAAAAUUGCUUCGAUAUGAAAAUAAGCAACACUAUAUCGUUUACAUAGGUGUAAUAAAUAUGAUAAAUGUGCAAUAUUAAAUUAAUAAACAGAGUUGAUUUACAUAAGCAAUAA